GCGUGCUGAAAUAAGGAAGAGAAAAGGAGCGAGGCAACUGAAGGGGAGGGAGAGAGUGUGAGACCAUACAGCCGCUUUCCUUGCAGUUUUCCUUCAAUUAAUUUAAAGUAGUUACUUAGAUAUAAAAGCCCGUUACUCUAUUAGAUUUUUUAAGUGCAUCAACUUUUAUUCGACUAUAAUUCGAGGUAAAGAAAAGGAUUUACUUUGUUAGCCGUGAUAGCUAGCCAACUUAGCACCCUAUUAUAACAGAGCUGAAAACUUGGACUUAAAGUUCAGGCUAUUAUUCGAUUUCUCUGAGCUUUUAGUCAGUGCACUCGGAAGUAAUCGUUUUAUGUCAUUAAGAUUUGCUCAAGUUUGGACUCGUUGACGGGGCGUUGCUGUGUCUGUUUGGGAAACAUCCUGCAGAGAAACCUUUGACGUUUGCCAGCGACUUGGAACAAAUCUUUUUGAAACGACUCUUCCACCGUGUUGUAGCCUACGAGUUUUGGGGGGUGAAAUAACCAACGCGCAGAUUUGGAAUUUAUUUGCAAGUUUGACCUAUCUAGCUAGCUACUUCAAAAAUGGCCGGAAUCAAUAGCAUCGAGGCAGUGAAGCGAAAAAUCAAAGUUCUGCAGCAACAGGCCGAUGAAGCUGAGGAGAGAGCUGAGAUCUUGCAAAGACAGGUCGAAGAAGAAAAGCGGUCCAGGGAACAGGCUGAGGCUGAGGUGGCGUCCCUGAACAGGCGUAUCCAGCUGGUGGAGGAGGAGUUGGACAGGGCCCAGGAGAGACUGGCCACCGCUCUGCAGAAGCUGGAGGAGGCUGAGAAGGCUGCGGACGAGAGCGAGAGGGGCAUGAAGGUGAUUGAGAACAGGGCCCUGAAGGACGAGGAGAAGAUGGAGAUGCAGGAGAUCCAGCUGAAGGAGGCCAAGCACAUCGCUGAGGAGGCCGACAGGAAGUACGAGGAGGUGGCUCGUAAGCUGGUGAUCAUCGAGGGAGACCUGGAGCGUACAGAGGAGAGGGCAGAGCUGGCCGAGACCAAAGUCCGAAGGUUGGAUGAACAGCUGAGGGGUUUCGACCAAUCCCUGAAGAGCCUGCAGGCCUCUGAGGACAAGUACUCCCAGAAAGAGGACAAGUACGAGGAGGAGAUUAAGAUCCUGACUGACAAACUCAAGGAGGCUGAGACCCGUGCUGAGUUUGCUGAGAGGUCAGUGGCGAAACUGGAGAAGACGAUCGACGACCUGGAAGAUGAGCUCUAUGCACAGAAACUGAAGUACAAGGCCAUUAGUGAGGAGUUGGACCAUGCCCUCAAUGACAUGACCUCCAUAUAAAUUGGACUCGUUAGAUACCGGGGAAAACUUGGCCAAUGCACUCUGAAUGUGGUUGUGGGCUUGACCAUUCCAAUUCGGUCUGGCCUGAAAUGCCGCAGCGGUUGCUCUCUCUCGCUCUCUCCCUCCCCACCCUUCGCUUGUGGUUUCCAGUUCUCUCUCUCUUUCUCUCCCUCCCCACCCUUCUCUUGUGCUCUCUCUCUCUCUCCUUCCUCCCCCCCUGCUUUUCCUCCCUUCCUUUUGUGACUCAUUCCUGAUGAACAUCUAGAGAGAAUCCCUGCCCUCCUUCGUCACCGGUGCCUGACCCUUCCUUUCUCUCUAGACUGUGUUCUAUCUCUCUUGCUAUCUCUCACUCUCUCUCUCUCUUUGUCAUGGCACUUACAGCCAGUACGCUGGCUGCGUUUCUGGGUUACUCUUUUUUUAGCACACACCCUGUAUCUGUGACUGGUUCUAUGUCUCUAAUGAAUGGAAAGGGGGGAGGUAAAAAAAAAAAAGCAAAGUUCUGACUUGUCUGCUUUUUGAGUUCACUGAUUUGUUUGCUGUCCACAAUGGGUUGUAGUCAUGUUCUUUCACUCUGCAUUUUGGCUUGGACUGGCUUCACCUGCAUCACUUAAGGUUGGUCCGAGCUGUUCGACACACACCCAAACUUAAUGGUGCUGUCAAGCCCACCAGUUUGGUCCUCCCUUGGACCCCGAAACAAAGUUGGAAGAGGAAGUCGGGGGAAUCACAACAUGCAUCAUCCUGGUGUGCUGCAUACCAUGAAGAUGAUAGACCAAGUUUAGUGGUUCUAUAAAGAGGAAAGCGUCUAUAAAUCCUUGAUAUACCUACCUGGAUAAACACAAAUACAAUGCUGACAUGGGAACAAAUAAACUUCACAUUAGUUAGGUUACUUCACCCCUCACCUGGUGACAUCAUCCCUCAAUAAAUAUGUUGAGGGAAAUGGUCAACGUAUGCAGAUGACUGUAUUCCAUAAUAGCUGCUCCAGAGUGGUGUCCUUCAAAAUAUAUAAACAAUACACUGACUAUAACACUGAAGAUAACAUUUAAUCUAGCAUAGCAUUUAAUGCUCCGUCAGGCUUGCUAGAUUUAAUUAAUUGUCAAACCGAGGGUCGUAUUACUUCAAUAGAACAUGAAAUCUGUGAUCUUAACUGGUCUUGUCAGAAAUAACAUUGAAGCAGAACAGGAUGGGUCUAGGUCUAACGUCUCGUUCUGUCAACCAUAAAUAGUUUAACUGGCCUGACACAUAGGUCAUCUUGUAUGCAAUACUGACAAGUUCCUAGUUUCAUUGAUUUAUAUUUGGUGUAACGAUACACUCAGCUCACGAUACAAUACGUAUCACGAUACUGGGUGUACGAUACAAUACGUAUCACAAUAUUUUUUACAACGUUUAAAAUGAAACUGAAAUUCAAUUAACAGAUUUAUUUCGAAAACAUUGAACAUUUUCAAUAAUUUUCUUUGUUAUAAAUACAAUUUAGUUAACUCAGUUCAAGCAAUUUCUGUGAAUGCACACAUGGACGCAGGUGCAGAGUAGGUCGCGAGCUGGUAGCUCAACCAAUAGGAUCAAACGAAUGUCAUAUUGUAAAAAAUAUUGCCAUAACUCUAUGAUAUAUUGUUCCACAAUAUGUUAAACCCCUAAUAUACAUAUAUAUUAAUAACAUGUGGAGAUAUGUACGUAUACAAAUACACUGUCUACUUUUCAGCUGUUGCUACACAAAUAUUUUGGGAGGGCUAUGUUAAGCAAUAUUGCAUUGCAGGGCUUGGUUAAAAUAUCAAUAGGACACAAGUCGCAAAUAUUUUAAAUAUCUUGACAAAUCCAUCAAUAUUAAAUUCAGGACAUUUGGUGUCAAAUGUACAGUCACAGUACUAGUCUUUCCCCAACCACCUUCAGUGUCUCAGAGAAACAUGGCCAAGGAUAUGGCUCCAAGGUGACUUCCUGUAACUAAAUAUAGGCACCGCUCCCCUGGUGAGACUAAACAUCUACAUUAUAUGCUCACACUGCAAAUAUGAACGUCACCUCUUCAGACUCAUACUUCCUAUUGAAGAUCUCAAAUGGAUCAAGAACCUACUAAAUUGUAGUUUUCCGUCCAAUUUUACAGAUCCCUGCAGGAUGUGACGCAAAUACCAGAAUCCAUUUUAAACCCUCAGAAGGGACAUGGCGGAAAAUUCCUACGGCUGUGGAAAUUAAGUGUGAGGAAGACAAUUGGCUCCAUAGGGCAUCACCUAGCGUUUGAGCUCAAUUUAGUCUCGGCUAAAAUUUAAAAACGUCUUGUGUUUCCAUAAAUAAGAACGAAAUUCAUUUUCAAUCUAAAAGAAACUUGUUCAGAAGGCUUAAAUAAUAAGAGUUUUUAAGAACUUACAAUGGUGAGCAAUCCCAGCCUGUUUUUCGGCCUUGUCUCUGACACAUCUCAUAACUGAUGCUAAGCUAGCUGAGUGUGUUCUCAGUCAUCGGAAAGGGAAACUGCAAUUAUGUAGGCCCAUAAACUUGAUCAUCAUUUGUUGAGGACAGUAUGGCAUUUCAUUUGUUUAGACGUCGGCCCUUAGCUUUCCCUCCACAUCUACAAUCCUCCACUGUCUGGAAAAAACAGAGAUAAGAGGAACAAAAAGCAGGUGGUGGCUGGUUGUAGCGGAGGUUACAGAGCAAGUUUGCAAUGUUGCAGGCAGUUACAGGUGUUUUACAAUUCUUUAUGAGUUACAAAAAAAAAUCUGGACAUUCAGCAAAGAGUGGUGGCAGUAUUGUAUGGGGAUUGGAAGACCCUAAGACUGAGCUCCACUAGGUUUACUUUUCAAAGAAUUGAUCGCUAAUUUAGCUGUUGUGGAUCUGUGCAGCUAAAACCUGACAAACGGUGUCUUGGUAAAUUGGGAUGCUUAAGCUCAACCCUCUAACUGAUGUUUGUUUCAUCUGCAGAUGCCCUGGCUACUGCCAAGGAG